UUUAGGGAUCGAUACACUGUACACACUUGGGAUUGCAGAAUGUCUACGUAGACCUCUAAAUUGGAAUCUUGGGUCGUAAUAGAUAUUACCGAAGGAUUACAUUCUUUGCAAUGGGCGGAGCUCAAUGUCACAGCCCACGUAGUCGUAAUACUCCGAGCAAUCUAUAUUAAUGGCGUAAUUUUUUUCUGUUAGUGUCGGUUGCUCGUGGUUGGGAGCGCAGAGCCUCGGUGGUCGGUGCCAAUUUGUGCCGGACGUGAGAAAUGAUGGCCCUCACUGUGGGUUCUGCGCCAACGGCAGCGUGGACCAAGUCCGGAAACUUAAGGCGUUUCAGGGUUCUGGCAGAUGGAUUUCCAUCGUUUCUCCCGAGACAGGUCGAGAAAAUCAAAGACCCAUUUGCUCGAAAACUGGCCAAGAGGAUUGAGAGGCUGCCUGUCCAGGUUAGCUUUUCGGAAAGCAGUAUUAUGAGUAGUUGUGUGAGGCCACUGUUGCAGAGCGAGACAAAUCCGGUGGUUCUCCUCCAUGGCUUUGACAGCUCUUGUUUAGAAUGGAGAUACACAUACCCUUUGCUGGAGGAGGCUGGGUUGGAAACUUGGGCCGUGGACAUUCUUGGCUGGGGAUUCUCUGAUCUAGAAAGGCUUCCAUCAUGUGAUGUGACUUCCAAACGUGACCACCUGUAUCAGCUUUGGAGGUCCUACAUCAAAAAGCCCAUGAUACUAGUUGGGCCAAGCCUUGGUGCUGCUGUUGCAAUUGACAUUGCUGUCAAUCAUCCUGAAUCUGUACAAAAAUUGAUUUUGAUUGAUGCAGGUGUGUAUGCAGAAGGCACAGGAAACCUUGCAAAAUUACCUAGAACAGUAGCCUAUGCUGGGGUAUCUGUAUUGAAGAGCAUGCCAUUGCGGUUGUAUGCAAAUCUUUUGGCCUUUAAAAAGAUAUCAUUUGACACCAUCUUAGACCAGACAAAUGUGGGCCGUUUACAUUGCCUGUUGCCUUGGUGGGAAGAUGCUACUGUUGAUUUUAUGAUUAGCGGGGGCUAUAAUGUUAGUAGGCUGAUAGAUCAGGUAAAUCAGAAGACACUUAUCAUCUGGGGUGAGGAUGACAAGAUUUUCAGCAGCGAGUUUGCAGUGAGACUACAUCAUCAACUUCCGAAUGCAAUUAUCCAUCAACUAUCGGAUUGUGGUCAUCUCCCUCAUGUGGACAGGCCAAACUCUGUUGCCAAAUUAAUUGUAGAUUUUGUUCAAGCCGGUCAUUGUUAAGCCUGCUCAUUGGACCUGGCUUAUCUUGCUGAGGCUAUCGCGAAUAUUUGGUGUCAAAUUCCAAAACUUUUUCAUGGCAACAGCGUGCUCUAGUGGGUUCAACUGCAACGAAGGAUCUCAUUGCACAUCUACAAUGUUCUCAUGAAAGAUGGUCUAACCAGAGCUCCUAGAAACCAUAAAUUGGAUGUGGUAUGGUCAGAUGCACUUAGACUUGCAAAUUAUUCCUGACAGUGGAGAUUCUCGUGGCUAAUCGAUUUGAAGUCUUUUUAAAUUAAUAUGUUUUACUACCAAGAAUUAAACUUGGUGAAAUGGGAUGCACAAACUGGUUUUAAUGGAGUUAUAAUGGUCUAUAAAUGGUUUUUUCGGUUCUGUGUU